GGCCACCUGGUGUCAAUUAAACCCCAGCCACUCGGCCGCACCACGCCAGGCGGCUGAUUAGUGCCGCUGGCCUCUCCAGAUGGGGAGCACCGCCUGAGAGGGGGCGACUGCCACCACGCCGGGGGGAGGCCUCUCCGGAGCCGCACAGGUCUGACGGGCUGGCGAUGCCCAGAGAAUAGUGUACAGGAGCUUGCGUCAUCUCGAGACACAUCUAGACACAUCCACCAGACACUUCUCCACCCCAGUCGGCCUGACCUGUUGCUUAGGGACACGUCCCACUGCUUCUCCUGACGUCUGCCUGAUCGACCAUCACUUCCUAGAGAGAACAAGGAGGAAGGCAGACGCAUGAAAUCAUGCCACCAAUGGCCGGAUGGCAGUGAGUGGGUGACGCCGAGUUGACGUCAAAGACGGAGAAGACGAACCCAAGAACAGCUCGCUCUUGAGACUCCCCGAGGCCCCAGCCCCCAGCUCUUCCUCUCAGCUCGGCGUGAAGCCUGGCUCCUCCUGGUGAAAUCAGCUUGGCCUGACAUAUUUUAAGUCUUCGGACCCCUGGACACUAGACACCAUGGAGAAUCAGGUGUUCAAUGUUCAGCAGAUCCAACCCAACGUCAUUUCUGUCCGCCUCUUCAAGCGCAAGGUUGGGGGCCUGGGCUUCCUGGUGAAGGAGCGGGUGAGCAAGCCACCCGUGAUCAUCUCCGACCUGAUCCGAGGGGGUGCCGCGGAGCAGAGCGGCCUCAUCCAGGCCGGCGACAUCAUCCUCGCGGUCAACGGCCAGCCCUUGGUGGACCUGAGCUAUGACAGUGCCCUGGAGGUGCUCAGGGGCAUUGCCUCUGAGACCCACGUGGUCCUCAUUCUGAGGGGCCCUGAGGGCUUCACCACUCACCUGGAGACCACCUUCACUGGGGAUGGGACCCCCAAGACCAUCCGGGUGACACGGCCCCUGGGUCCCCCCACCGCAGCUGUCGAUCUGUCUCACCAGUCAUCGGCCAGCAAAGAGCACACACCGCCAGUGGACGGGACCCUGGGGCCUGGCAAUGGGCCCCAGCAUGCCCAAGACAGUGGGCAGGGAGCCAGUGCACUCUCGAAUACCAACAGCCUGGCUCGCAGACCCCCUGGCCAGGACCCUACCAAGAAAAGCACCGGGGUGGCUCUCCAGGACAGCCAGAACAGUGAAUUGCUCAAAGAGAUAGAGCCUGUGCUGAGUCUUCUCACCAGUGGGAGCAAAGGGAUCAAUGGAGGGGGACCUUCCAAGGCAGAGACAAAGGAUGCAGAAGUCCAGGUAGACAGAGGUGUGGACGGCAAGUCACACAAACCACUGCCCCUCAGCGUGGAGAAUGACCGAGUCUUCAGUGACCUGUGGGGGAAGAGCAAUGUGCCCGUCAUCCUCAACAACCCGUAUUCAGAGAAGGAGCAGCCCCCUGCCUCGGGAAAACAGUCUCCCACAAAGAAUGGCAGCCCCUCCAAGUGCCCCCGCUUCCUCAAGGUCAAGAACUGGGAGACCGACGUGGUCCUCACUGACACCCUUCACCUUAAGAGCACCCUGGAAACAGGAUGCACUGAGCACGUCUGUAUGAGCUCCAUUAUGCUCCCAUCUCAGCAAAUACGAAGGCCUGAAGAUGUCCGCACAAAAGAACAGCUCUUCCCUCUCGCCAAAGAGUUCAUUGAUCAGUACUACUCAUCAAUUAAAAGAUUUGGCUCCAAAGCCCACACAGAGAGGCUGGAAGAGGUGAACAAAGAGAUCGAAACCAACGGCACCUACCAGCUCAAAGACACGGAGCUCAUCUACGGGGCGAAGCACGCCUGGCGGAAUGCAUCCCGCUGCGUUGGCAGGAUCCAGUGGUCCAAGCUGCAGGUGUUCGAUGCCCGCGACUGCACCACGGCUCACGGGAUGUUCAACUACAUCUGCAACCACAUCAAGUAUGCCACCAACAAAGGGAACCUCAGGUCAGCCAUCACCAUAUUUCCACAGAGGACUGACGGCAAGCACGAUUUCCGAGUCUGGAACUCUCAGCUCAUCCGCUACGCCGGCUACAAGCAGCCCGACGGCACCAUCCUCGGGGACCCAGCCAACGUGGAAUUCACAGAGAUCUGCAUGAAGCAGGGCUGGAAACCCCCAAGGGGCCGCUUCGAUGUCCUACCACUCCUGCUCCAGGCUAACGGCAACGACCCUGAGCUCUUCCAGAUCCCUCCAGAGCUGGUGUUGGAAGUGCCCAUCAGGCACCCCAAGUUUGAGUGGUUUAAGGAUCUGGGCCUGAAGUGGUACGGCCUCCCUGCUGUGUCCAACAUGCUGCUGGAGAUUGGCGGCCUGGAGUUCAGCGCCUGCCCCUUCAGCGGCUGGUACAUGGGCACGGAGAUCGGCGUCCGUGACUACUGUGACAACUCUCGAUACAACAUCCUGGAGGAAGUGGCCAAGAAGAUGAACUUGGACAUGAGGAAGACGUCCUCCCUGUGGAAGGACCAGGCGCUGGUGGAAAUCAACAUUGCUGUUCUCUACAGCUUCCAGAGUGACAAAGUGACCAUCGUUGACCACCACUCUGCCACCGAGUCCUUCAUUAAGCACAUGGAGAAUGAAUACCGCUGCCGGGGGGGCUGCCCCGCAGAUUGGGUGUGGAUUGUGCCCCCCAUGUCUGGCAGCAUCACCCCGGUCUUCCACCAGGAGAUGCUCAACUACCGGCUCACCCCCUCCUUCGAAUACCAGCCUGAGCCUUGGAACACCCACGUCUGGAAGGGUACCAAUGGGACCCCCACAAAGCGGCGAGCCAUCGGCUUCAAGAAGCUGGCAGAAGCUGUCAAGUUCUCGGCCAAGCUCAUGGGGCAGGCAAUGGCCAAGAGGGUCAAGGCAACCAUCCUUUAUGCUACAGAGACAGGCAAGUCGCAGGCCUAUGCUAAAACCUUGUGCGAGAUCUUCAAACACGCCUUCGAUGCCAAGGUGAUGUCCAUGGAAGAAUAUGACAUUGUACAUCUGGAACAUGAAACUCUGGUCCUGGUGGUUACCAGCACUUUUGGCAAUGGAGACCCCCCUGAGAAUGGGGAGAAAUUCGGCUGUGCUUUGAUGGAAAUGAGGCACCCCAACUCUAUGCACGAAGAAAGGAAGUACCCGGAACGCUUGCGUUUCUUUCCCCGUAAAGGGCCUCCCCUCCCCCAAGGUGACCCAGGAGUCCGCCGUCUGGCUGCAGCCCGUGACAGCCAGCAGAGGAGCUACAAGGUCCGAUUCAAUAGCGUUUCCUCAUAUUCUGACUCCCAUAAAUCAUCGGGCGAUGGGCCAGACCUCAGAGACAACUUUGAGAGUGCCGGACCCCUGGCAAACGUGAGGUUCUCUGUCUUUGGCCUUGGCUCCCGGGCUUACCCUCAUUUCUGCGCCUUUGGACAUGCUGUGGACACCCUCUUGGAGGAGCUGGGAGGAGAGAGGAUCCUGAAGAUGAGGGAAGGGGAUGAGCUCUGUGGGCAAGAAGAGGCUUUCAGGACCUGGGCCAAGAAGGUCUUUAAGGCAGCCUGCGAUGUGUUCUGCGUGGGAGAUGAUGUCAACAUCGAGAAGGCCAACAACUCCCUCAUCAGCAAUGACCGCAGCUGGAAAAGGAACAAGUUCCGUCUCACCUACAUGGCCGAAGCUCCAGAGCUUACGCAAGGUCUCUCCAAUGUCCACAAAAAGCGGGUCUCAGCUGCUCGACUCCUCAGCCGUCAAAACCUUCAGAGCCCUAAAUCCAGCCGAUCAACCAUCUUCGUGCGUCUGCACACCAACGGGAAUCAGGAGCUGCAAUACCAGCCUGGGGACCACUUGGGUGUCUUCCCUGGCAACCGCGAGGACCUCGUGAACGCCCUGAUCGAGCGGCUGGAGGACGCACCUCCGGUCAACCAGCUGGUGAAGGUGGAGCUGCUAGAGGAGCGAAACACGGCUUUGGGAGUCAUCAGUAACUGGACAGAUGAGCACCGCCUCCCGCCCUGCACCAUCUUCCAGGCCUUCAAGUACUACCUGGACAUCACCACGCCGCCAACGCCACUGCAGCUGCAGCAGUUUGCCUCUCUGGCCACCAGCGAGAAAGAGAAGCAGCGUCUGCUGGUCCUCAGCAAGGGUUUGCAGGAGUACGAAGAAUGGAAGUGGGGCAAGAACCCCACCAUCGUGGAGGUGCUGGAGGAGUUCCCAUCCAUCCAGAUGCCCUCUACCCUGCUCCUGACCCAGCUGUCCCUGCUGCAGCCCCGUUACUACUCCAUCAGCUCCUCCCCAGACAUGUACCCCGACGAGGUGCACCUCACCGUGGCCGUUGUCUCCUACCGCACCCGAGAUGGAGAAGGACCAAUUCACCACGGUGUGUGCUCCUCCUGGCUUAACCAGAUACAGGCUGACGAAGUGGUCCCGUGUUUCGUGAGAGGAGCACCCAGCUUCCACCUGCCCCGAAACCCCCAAGUGCCCUGCAUCCUCGUUGGCCCAGGCACCGGCAUCGCCCCUUUCCGAAGUUUCUGGCAGCAACGGCAAUUUGACAUCCAACACAAAGGAAUGAGUCCCUGCCCCAUGGUCCUGGUGUUCGGGUGCCGGCAAUCCAAGAUAGACCACAUCUACAGGGAGGAGACUCUACAAGCCAAGAACAAGGGGGUCUUCAGAGAACUGUACACGGCCUACUCCCGGGAGCCAGACAAACCAAAGAAGUACGUGCAGGACAUCCUGCAAGAGCAUUUGGCAGAAUCAGUGUACCGAGCCCUGAAGGAGCAAGGGGGCCACAUCUAUGUCUGUGGGGACGUCACCAUGGCUGCCGAUGUCCUCAAAGCCAUCCAGCGCAUCAUGACCCAGCAGGGGAAACUCUCAGCGGAGGAUGCAGGCGUGUUCAUCAGCAGGCUGAGGGAUGACAACCGGUACCAUGAGGAUAUUUUCGGGGUCACCCUGCGAACGUAUGAAGUGACCAACCGCCUUAGAUCUGAAUCCAUUGCCUUCAUUGAGGAGAGCAAAAAAGACACCGAUGAGGUUUUCAGCUCCUAACUGAAUCCUCUUGCCCAGACGGAUGGCAGGGGGGCCAUCCCAUGUGCCCCGGUGGGGCAGCUGCAGGUUUUAUAAGCGUGGACACUGCUGAACCUUCCCUCCGGGACCCCGCGUGGCCCCCGCUGUCCCUCUCGUCCUGUCGCUGUGGUUUUUCCUCUUCUGGGUCCUCGCCCCUCGGUGGUUUCCUUGGCCCUCUUGGGUUUUCUCCUUGAGUUGUCCUGCUGCAAUGCAAUGCCUUUAUAAUCCACAGUGGCUCUUACAGAACUGUUUCCCCCUCUCUCUCUUCCCGACAAGGGCAGAUCACCAGUGCAUGACAUCACUGGAACGUGGCAGUUGCUCUGGGGUCCCCCUGGAGAGGCUGCAGGGACCAGUCAGGAGGGUCUGAGCCGGUCUCUCUGCUGCUGAAGCACCCCCCCUUCUCCUUUUUUAUGAUGAUGUCCUGGUGGGGUGUGUGUGUAUGUGUGCACGUGCGUGCAUGUGUGGGACAGGCCUGGGUCUCCAUCUGUCCUCUUGCCUGGACAAGCGUGUGGCCUGCAGACUUUCAGUGCCAAGAACCAUACCCUGGUUCUCCACACGUCCAUAAUUUUCUGUCUGUGCUCAUGUCCCUGAAACCCUUGGAGCUGUUCUCGUUGUCCUGGUCACAAAGGGCAGGGGAGAAGCGAGUGUGCUGAUUAAGGGGGAAGGCUCCGUCAAAAAGGGGUUCACGGAAUUGGUCGCGUUUAGAUUCUGGUACCAGUUAGCGGAGCCCUCCCUGGGAAACUAACCCAUCUCGUGGAUUAAGCACACCUCCUCACCAACCCUACCCCCCGCCCCACCCCAGACGGGAUCACCUGAUUUGGCCCUCCCUGGACCAUCGCACCCACAAGACGGGGAGGUAAUGUCCCAGGGAGUAUGCGGGAAAUAAGAAUCUUCCCAUCUUGACCCCCCGGUGACUUUGGGCAAGUUACUUGUCCACGGUUCCCCCUUGUAAUGUUAUGAAGCAAAAAAAGGAUGCAUAGAUCAGCCUUUAAAGUGGUAGAGACUGGAAACAGUAUCAAGGAAGAAUAUCGCUAUUUUUUGUAUUGCCCCAAAUGGGGCUGGCCCUUCCACCCUAGGAAGGAAAUAACAGAAGGCCGGUAAAUUGGGUAGGUUGGAGAGGAAAGCCAUAAUGAGGUGCCCUCAUGCUCCUGGCCUUCUAAAAGUGAUCCCCCAAGUUUCCAGCCUGAUAAAAUAAUUUUGACAAAUGAACCUUGACUCCUAUCAAAAAUGGGCAGUGCAGUCUUCAGUGGGAAUCAGGGUCAGUACACUCCCCCCCCCACCCCGCUUCCCCCCCACAGCAGGCAACCUACUGUGCCCACCCAGUCAGGAUGAAUGGGCUGGGAGGGCCCCCCCUCUCCCCAGAAGUGCUCAAAAUCAGGGGCAGGCCCGGAGAGAGCCAAGAAAUUGCUAGAGGGGCCUGCCCUGGGCCCCCCCACCCAGGUUGGAGGGGAAGCCUUCUGCAAGUGGGUUCUUCUGUUUUGUUGUGUUAUGCUUUGUCAUCCAGAGAGACAGCAUCACCUUUCUGUACGGCACAAUGGGUAUUUCUUGAUGCUCCGUUUGGGGGGCUGCCAAAGAGAAAGUACCCUGGCCCUCUCUGGAAGGGCCUUAGUUCACGGGCUGCCAAAGAGGUGUCCCCAGGAAGGGGAUUCUUAAAGGCAAAAGGCAAACUGGACCUCACUUUUCUCCACCCUCCACGGCAGCCCCCCUCCCUCUGGGGUCCCAUCUCCCCUGAGUGCAGAGCUGGGCUGCCUCCAGUUACCACCUCCCCACCUUCCUUUAAUCCUGUGUCCUUUGGCUGGGGCUUCCACGGCAAGGAGACCAAGCACAAGCCCUUGGCGGGCUACCCCCUUCCCCACCCCCCACCCCCCCCCCCAGCCCCCCAUCCCCACCCUGUCCAACCUGGAGCUCCAGAGGCCCAUUGUAUACACAGUUCUGGCUCCUAGCAGCUUUCCCCCCAGGGGCUUUCUUUCAACCCUUUGAGCCCUUUGGAGAUACUUGCUAAGACAUCCCUGCUCCCCAGACCCUGAAUUAUACUGUCCGACCUCAUCCAAGGAGGAACUCAUCGGCGCUUUCCUCUCCAGACCAAGCUCUGCGUGUGAGUGCUUUUCCACCCCCGAAUACGUGCUUGUGUGCACUUCCUGUGUGCUGGGCACCUCCUUCAUGCACCCCUGCCCCUCCAGUAGCAGGCUUGCUGAUGUAUCAGGGAGUCCAAAGCAGUGAUUAUAGACUCGGGAUGCAUCUUUCUUCCCAAGAAGGAUUUUUGUUUUUAAAGGAAACACCUUUCAACACCCAACGCAAGCUGCUGCAGGACUCCCCGCUCGAAGACCGGAGACUGGUCCAAUGUAUUUCUCUCAUUUGCCAGAACCCCUCUUACGAAAAGCCUCCCUGUAAGGAGCCUGUCAAGAGGCAGAGUGUGGAGUCCUGGUUUAGGGUUUAGCGCUGAUCCAGGGUGGGUAAAUGCUGCCCUCUUGUGGUGGUUUUAAUUUCAGUCCCAGUAGCCAAAUCUAGGCGCAAAAUUUGGCUCCACGAUAAGUGAGCAGGAAAAUAGGAUUGAUUGGGCAUUUGGGGGUUACCUAGAUUACAGACCUUUCUGUCCCUCUCCCCCUUGAACUGGCCUGCAGUGACUCCAACUCAAUUUAACAAAAGUGAGUUUGGCCAGGAGGAAGGACACAUCCCCCUCUACAGGAGAGCUGACAUGGUCAUGCCCCCCGUUCGUCACUGUGAAUCCAAAGCCAGCACCUUGUGUUAGGAAAGGAGCAGAGGUAAUUUAACUCCCUGAGCGGAGGAGUAUUUUCCCGCUUGGUUUCUACGGAGUGAGACAGCCAGGUAUCCUUCCGUUCAGGGAAAUGCUUCAGACCCACCAAAAUGGAGUCUUUGGAAGCAGCCCUGAGUCCAGACGCUAACUCUGACCUUUCCGAGUCUACAUGUCCACUUACAUAGCAAAGGGGGCUAAAUGAGAUAAUGCCCAUAAAAUAGCCAGUUAUACUCCCUGCCCCAUUGAAGCUUUCAAAUUUUCCUUUUCCACUUCACCAAUACCUGUAUGCGGAAGGCACAGUGGAGAGUACGAAGCAAAGAACAGUUUCUGUUUGUAGACAGUGAGAUCUCGUAUGUAGACACACAAUUAGAAUCGACAUAAAUGUCUGAGGUUUGAGAAAUGGGUGGAUUCCACCUGCAGGUCUGAGGAGAUAAGAUUUCCAGGAAGUAGGAAGAGAGGGAGGAAAGGCACAGGCAGGAGUAUGUUGCAGUAAAUGGGGGCUGGCUUCAGGCACAGUUUUGGAAGGCUUGAAGGUGAUGAGCCAGAUGCUGGGAAGGUGAGCAGGGACCCGCUCUUUGGGACAGGUGAGCGCAUGUCAAGGAAUUUAGAUUAUUUGGCAGGCAGCAGGGUAUCCCUAGGAACGUUUUUCACAUGGGAAAAAUAAGGUCAUUGGAGUUGUGCUUAGAAAAGAAUCUUCUGGCUGUAGCACAGAGUAUGGACAGCUGGUCUGUUGAACCGGCCGUAGAAUGUUGCAAUAACCAAGGCUGGAAUGAGGGAAGAGUCAGGUGUAAUGAUAAAGCCACUCCAGGGGUUAAAUCAGUAGGACCUGGAGACUUAUCUGUUGGGGAGAAGAACAGAUGAGAAAGUUAAGAGUCUUACCUUUAGGCUGAGAAAGGAGUCUCAUGAGAAAAAAAAACAGCCUCGAGGGAAAGAUGAGUUUGCAGUUGCUGACAUGAUAGCCAGCUUCUCCCCCAGCCAGCAGGGUGCAUCCUUCCAAGGUCCAGCCAGGCCUAGAUGCAAGGAAAGAAAACCGACCCCGGGCCAAUUAGACAUUGGCCUUAGAACAUAGGAUUUUCUUGCCAAGCACAUUCUCAGCAGCCACCUGCUUUGGACUUCCAAAAGGAGGUCAGGUUUUGCCCUAAGUCCAAAACAAGUGAGAUUUUUCUGACCCAGAUGGCAGGCAAACCAACAGUCCCUCUGCCAGGAUGUGCAAGCCAGAUGUCUGGGCCCAUUCACCCCUCAUGCGCUGGCCAUUCAUGCCAUCGGGAAAACUAUGGGGUUAAGAUUUUGUGUGAAGCCAACCGUUAACUUGUAUAUUUGCAUCUCCACUGCCCUGACUUCCAGCAUGUCACCAUGCCCACCUUACCCCCAAAGCCUUCUGUCUGAAUUGGCAAGUUAAUCUGAGACUUCCUGCAGGUGACAAGGAGAAAAAAAUAUUCAUCUGGGCAUCCUAUAUGACUUGUCCAUACUCCUUGACGUCUCCCAACCCUUGUCAAGUUUCCUGCAUCUAAAUGUCCUGUUUGACUCAAGAAUUAAAAGCCAGGGGCUGGGAUGGGGGAAGAUGGAUCUGAGAGUCACUGCCCCCACCCCCCACCCCCCCGAACUCAACACAGAUGGUCACCAUGAACCUGAAUCUGACCUUUUGGGGCUGACACCAGCCUGGUCUCUCCUCUUUCUGUCAUAUGCACCCUGUCCUCGAUCCACCGCCGGUCCCCACCUGGUGGCAAAAGCCGCCUCUCCCCAAACACUGAUGAGUCUCAGACCUGCAUGAGGACCUAGGUAAACUCUCACCCCUGGAACAUGGGUCUUGAGUCUAUUCUCUGUUACUACUUGUCAGAGCCACGUGCAAUCAUGCAAGGGAGGAGGUCUGGGGUAAAUACACCUUUGUUUAUGAUUCUGUUCUGUCCUGGAAGACCUGAACAGUUCUAAACAAGCAAGUUGUGUCCGUCCGGUCAGGACAGAGACCGUUCUUAACGAGGUGGCCCUGGCAGGCAAGAGCAAACCUGCCUUGAGAUGCAGCUUUCCAUAGUCUUCUAGAAAAUGACUCCAGGACAUCCAAGUGCCCAGACUUGACACUGGUCCAGACAUCGUAGGCAGGUGGCCUCCGCCCACCAGAAGCAGUAGCCGUCCCUCCCCACCCCACCCCCACCAAA